UCUGGUCGCUUAGCAACCUCUGUACACAAAGAAGUAAAAAAGACAAGAGUUAACAAACUAAACGCGUGAAACCAAUCGGGUGCAGCAGAUAUAAAAGACGAUAAAAAGCAUUACAAAUAUAUUACAAUGGUAAAGCAAACGAUUCAAAUCUUUGCCCGUCUGAAACCGACGAAGAAACAGACCGCGGAGUACUUUGUGGACUGCGAGGAGCAGAGCGGUAGUUUGGAGUUUGUGGUUCCCAGAGACUUGGCAGAUGGUGUUAUCAACAAUAAGAGGGAAAACUACAAAUUCAGGUUUCAGAAGGUUUUUGACCAAACAGCCAGUCAAGAGGAAAUCUUUGAGGCAAUUGCAAAGCCUGUUGCUGAUAAUGUGCUGGCAGGUUAUAAUGGCACCAUCUUUGCCUAUGGCCAGACUGGAAGUGGGAAGACUUUUACAAUUACUGGAGGUGCAGAGAACUACAAUGAUCGAGGGAUCAUCCCCAGAACUCUUUCGUACCUUUAUCAGCAUUUCAGCAAGGACAGCAGCAUGAUCUAUACAACCCACAUAUCUUACCUGGAAAUCUACAAUGAGACUGGCUAUGAUCUACUGAAUCCUCAACAUGAGGCAUCUCGUCUGGAGGACUUACCGAAGGUGACAAUCAUGGAAGAUCCAGACCAGAACAUUCACCUCAAGAACCUGUCAUUGCAACAGUCAACCAAUGAAGAGGAAGCUUUGGAUUUGCUAUUCUUAGGAGACACUAAUCGUAUGAUUGCAGAGACUCCCAUGAACCAGGCUUCAACACGGUCUCACUGCAUCUUUACCAUUCACCUGUGCAGCAAAGAGCUGGGUUCAGCCAUGGUACGGUGCUCCAAGUUGCACCUGGUGGAUCUGGCUGGGUCUGAAAGAGUGGGAAAGACAGGUGUGGGUGGUCAGAUCCUAACAGAAGCAAAAUAUAUUAACCUCUCCCUGCACUACUUGGAGCAGGUCAUCAUAGCCCUGUCGGAGAAGAAUAGAUCCCACAUCCCUUACCGCAAUUCCAUGAUGACCUCUGUGCUUAGAGACAGUUUGGGUGGUAACUGUAUGACCACCAUGAUUGCUGCUGUGUCUGUGGAGAAGAGGAACACUGGUGAGUCUAUAUCCACCUGUCGUUUUGCUCAGAGAGUGGCUUUGAUUAAGAAUGAUGCUUUGCUCAAUGAAGAACUGGAUCCUGCUCUGCUGAUUGUCCGUCUGAAGAAGGAGAUACAAUCUUUGAAGGAAGAGCUGGCUUUGGUUACUGGAGAGCAAAGGAGUGACAAGUUAACCCAAGAAGAGAUCCAACAGUUGGAAGAGCAGAUAGAUGUGUACCUGGAGGACCCUGACAGUGAAGUAACAUUAAACCUUGGACCUGAUAUGAGAAAAAUCCACUUUUGUUUCUCUCUGCUAAAGGUGAGGGUACGAGAGGGAUCCUGUGCUCAAAAUGGAAUGAGUAAAGACAGCACUCCUUUAAUGAGUGUCUCUGAUGAAGAGCAAAGAAAAUCAUAUGCAGAAGUCCAGAAGCUGCGGGACAUGUUGACCCACCGUGAUAAUGAGAUCAGUGUAUUAGUGAACUUGCUUAAGAAAGAAAAGAAGAAAUUUCAAGAUGUCACUUCCCAACUGCCCCUGUUGUACCCAUCAACCAACCAAUCAUCCAUGUCAGCCACAACUAAACAGAUGGAAGAGAGUGCAAAAUACAACCCCUCUAAUAUUUACACUCAUGCUGAGCAGUUGAUGACCAGAAAAAGAGUACUGGAAUUAUCUGUGAGUCAGCAGGAGGCAUUUGAAGUCUUUCUGAGAGACCAUGAAGACCGUUUAUCAAUUGAAAAUAACAGAGCUGUGUUGCAACAAAGGUUUGUUGAAGCCAAAACACUUGGUGACCAAGUUAACCAGAUCAGGAUCAGAGUCAAUGAGCUGAAGACAAAUCUGAAAAUUAGACGAAAGCAAAUGGCAGCCCAAGGCUUAGCAGGACACCUAACAGCAUCAGAGUCAGACUCAGUUGAAGAGAGAAUUCUCAACCAGAUAGAGGACGAAAAGAAAAAUUACAAGAUCAAAUCUGGAUGUUUAAAAGGGUUGAAGACAGAGAUUGAACAUCUACAGCUGUUGCAUGAAAAGUUGAAAGUGAAACUCCAAAUGGACUUUGAGAAUUGGUGGACCCAGGAGGGCGCUAGACUAAAGUGUCACAGUGCAGAGAACACUGGAAGCAGUCAAAGUCAUGUCAGCCCUCUCAGCUGCAUUUUAACCAGAGCCUUGCCCCCAGCUGAAUGCUCAUUUUCCUCUAUUCCUUUAACUGGAGAUAAACAGACUGAUGAUGAUAUAGAGGCCUUCAUCAGAGACAGACAUAACCUGCUCAACGGCACAGCCUCCUGUGGUGGUAUUCCGUAACAGAAGACCGGACCAAGACCAAUCGGCACAAGCAUGAGCCUCACGGAUCCAUUCCAAGACCUGGUCCACGCAUUGCGUCGGACACUCACCACUACUUGUUAACGCCCCCUCCGUCUUCCAGGACUUUAUCCAUGAGGUGCUCCGGGAGUUCCUCCAUAAGUUUGUCCUCGUCUAUAUAGAUGAUAUCCUCAUUUACUCCCUAGCCUAGCGGAAUAUCAUCGCUACAUUGCAGAGGUCCUGCAAUGCCUGAGGGCCUUUCAGCUCUAUCUCAAGGCCGAGAAAUGCUCCUUCCACUAGCCCUCAGUGCGGUUCCUUCGAUACAACAUCAACAGCAGUGGCAUCCGGAUGGACGAGGGGAAGGUAAAUGCUGUAAGAAAUUGACCCAUUCCUACCACCAUAAAUGAACUCCAACGAUUCCUUGGCUUUGCCAAUUUCUACAGACGUUUCAUCCAAAAUUACAGUACCAUCACCAACCCUCUCACUAGCCUCCUCCGGAAAAACCUAAAUCACUAUCAUGGACUCCAGGCAUCACAGAAGCCUUCAACUCCCUCAACGGGGCCUUUACAACCGCUCUACUCCUGGUCCAUCCUGACCCAUAUUGACCCUUCGACGUAGAAGUCGACGCUUCUACCACCGGAGUGGGAGCGGUCUUAGCACAGCAGCAGGGGAAUCCCAGCCGCCUCCACCCAUGCGCCUUCUUCUCUCGGAAGCUCAAUCUGGUGGAGGUAUAUUAUGACAUCGGCAACCGUGAGCUGCUGGCUAUCAAGUUGGCCCUGGAGGAAUGGAGGCAUUGGCUGGAGGGAGCCAAACACCCUUUUCUAGUUCUCACAGACCACAAGAACCUCGAAUAUCUACGGGUCGCCAAGAGGCUGAAUCCAAGACAUGCCCGCUGGGCGCUAUUCUUCACCCGCUUCCACUUUUCCAUCUCGUAUCGCCCUGGGGCCAAGAACGUGAAAGCUGAUGCCCUGUCCCGGUGUCACGCUCCCAAAGAAAACCUAGAAGAGCCUGAAACUAUACUUCCUGAAAAAGUCAUCAUCAGCCCCAUUACCUGGUGUGCAUAGACCCUUCCUUCCUCCAGUCCUGCUACCAACACCCCGCCGGGUUGCCCACCGGGACACCCAUACAUCCCCACGACAUGGCACACUCCACUCACACAUCUUUCGUUGCUAAGGGAAUGCUUCUGGUGGCCCAACAUGGCUUCUGACGUCAGAAGGUGGUCACACCUAGGGGUGGAUUUUAUCACUGAUCUUCCUCCUUCCAACAAUAAUACCUGCAUUCUAGUUAUUGUGGACAGAUCUUCUUAAUCAUGUCGUCUUCUUCUGAAAGGUCUGCCCACGGCCAUGAAAACUGCUGAGUUACUGUUUAACCAUGUCUUCAGGUACUUUGGCAUUCCAGAAGACAUCGUCUCAGAUAGAGGUCCCCAGUUCAUCUCCCGGGUAUGGAAAGCAAUUCACUCACUCUUAGGUGUGGCCAUCAGUCUGUCCUCUGGAUAACACCCCCAAUCCAACAGGCAGAUGGAGAGGAAGGUUCAGGAGAUUGGACGCUUCCUCCGUACCUUUUGCUUCCUAUGUAGUUCGAGACAUCCUGGACUCCAGGAGGCAUGGUGGACAACUUGAGUACCUAGUGGACUGGGAAGGAUAUGGUCCAGAGGAACGCUCAUGGGUCCCAUGCAACAACAUCAUGGAUCCGAACCUACUAGAAAACUUCCACUCCAGUCAUCCCAACAGACCGGCUACUAGAGGAAGAGCACGUCCACCACGUCAUCGGGGUCCUCGGCCCUCAGGAGCGGGCCGUGGGGAGGGGGGUACUGUUAAAGACAUGCCAGGUUCCACCUCCUUCCAAUCACAGCACACUCCUUCACCUGAAUACUAAUCACUCCCACCUGAUCCUCAUCUACCAGCAAUCACCGCAGCAGUACAAAUACCACACACACGCACUCAGUCAGCAUCCAGUCUCAUUCGCAACAAGGUCUUACCUGUAUGCUAACUCUAAGGACUAACUCUACCUCUACUUACCUCUCUCCAGCCAUCUCCAGAAGCUCCCAGUCUUCAUCGUGCGUGUGUGUGGUACACCCUCUUCCUCCAGUGUCUCUACCCUUCAUCAAUGGAUCCAUCCUCCACUGCCUCCAACACCAUCACUUUACCCAGCACUACCCGCUCCUCUGCUUGUCCCUAAAUAAACUGUGUUUCUGUUAUCCUCAGCCUACUGUGGUGUUAUUCCAUAACAAUAAUAAUUCUAAUGCAUGAGAAUGUGGAUUUUUCACCAUCCAACAUGAAAUUAAAUGGAUGUAUCAGACAAGCUUGUUUCCACUUGUUUUUUUGUUUUUUUUUUUGUUUUUUUUAUUAUUAUUAUUAUUUUUUUGUCAUUAUUUUUUACUUAUACAAU